AUGUCCAAUAAAGAUAAAGAAGUAAAAGUGAAUUUAGAAUCUUCUGUUAAAUCUCGUUCUGGUUUUUUAAGAAAUAGACUAUCAAAAAUAACGCAUGUAAAAAAUAGUUUACCUAUUAAACAAAAAAAUAUAUUUAAAGAUAGUGAUUUCAAGAGACAUUUAGUACAGUACAGGAGAGUUGUCUUUGUUUUUGGUAUAAUUGUUGGUGCUGUUAUAACUGGAAUAUUUAUUAAGCGGUCAAAUAUUGUUGAUUUUGAUUGGGAUUUUCUCCUAGGUUUUACUGAUAUUGGGGAUUUCAUGGAAGAGCUGCGCAAUAUUAUACCUGCUUCUGUAUUUGAUGAUGCUAAAAAAUUAUCAUAUUAUGACAAGGAUUCUGAUUAUGAGGCUUUUUUUGUCGGAAAUCGUUUACGAGAACAAGGAUAUAAGCCACACUUCAAUGUUAUUAUAGUUCCUGGUGUUAUAUCUACAGGUUUAGAAAGUUGGUCUACGUCCAAUUGUUCUUUGCCUUAUUUUAGAAAGCGUUUAUGGGGAAGUUGGACUAUGCUUCGUGCUAUGUUAAUGGAUAAAAAAUGUUGGGUGAGCCAAUUAAUGCUCAAUGAGACUACAGGUCUUGAUCCAGAGGGUGUAAAGCUUCGUGCUGCACAAGGAUUAAGUGCUGCCGAUUUUUUUGUAACAGGUUAUUGGAUAUGGAAUAAGAUUAUUGAAAAUCUUUCUGCUAUUGGCUAUGAUCCUAAUAAUAUGUUUAGUGCAGCAUAUGAUUGGAGGUUAUCUUUUUUAAAUCUUGAGGAAAGAGAUCAUUAUUUUACCAAGUUGAAGGCUUCUAUUGAAAUUGCAAAAGCUACAUCUGGAAAAAAAUCGGUUAUAAUAUCGCAUUCCAUGGGUAGUCAAUUGACAUUGUGGUUUUUAAAAUGGGUAGAAGCAGAUGGAUAUGGUAAUGGUGGGAAAUCAUGGGUUAAUGAUCAUAUUGAAGCAUUUAUAAAUAUUUCAGGGUCACUUUUAGGUACACCUAAAGCGGUGACUGCUUUACUUUCUGGUGAAGUAAAAGAUACUACACAACUAAAUGCAGUUUCUGUUUAUGGAUUGGAACGUUUUUUUUCCAAGUUUGAGAGAGUACAGCUUUUAAGAAGUCUUCCUGGUAUUGCUUCAAUGCUUCCAAAGGGUGAAAAUGUUAUAUGGGGAAAUGCAACAUGGGCGCCUGAUGAUUUAUAUAUACCGAAUAUUCAUAAUCUUUCUUUUGGUUCUUUUAUUAAUUUUCGAAAAAAUUCUAAGACAUCUAUUUUAAGAAAUUUAACAAUGUCUGAUUCAAUGGAUUAUUUGAUAAGUCAGACAUCCCAUAGUUUUCAUAAGAUGUUAAGUACAAAUUAUUCACAUGGUAUUUCGUGGACAGAAAAGAGUGUUGAGAUGAAUAAUAAUCGACCUGAGAAAUGGGUUAAUCCUUUAGAAGUGAGUCUUCCAAAUGCACCUGAUAUGAAAAUAUAUUGUAUUGGCAAACCUACUGAAAGAGCUUAUUGGUAUGACGUGGGUCCAAAAGAUAGUAAUUUAUCAAGGGAUUCUGCUAAAGUCGAUUUAUGUGAUUGUAUAAAUAAUGGUGUAGUAAUGGGUGAAGGCGAUGGUACCGUUAAUAUUUUGAGCACUGGUUUUAUGUGUGUUAAAGGUGGUUGGAAGCAACAUCGAUAUAACCCAGCGAAUAUAUCAAUUAUUGUGCAUGAGAUGCUUCAUCAGCCUGAUCGACAUGGUCUUCGUGGAGGAUCUAAAACUGCUGAUCAUGUUGAUAUUCUUGGGAGAUCUGAAUUGAAUGAAUUAAUACUUCGUAUAGUUUCUGGUAAUGGAGAUACGUUAUUGAAAAAUAAAAUAUUAUCAAAUAUAAUGCAUUAUUCUGACCAAAUAAAUAUUGAUAAUAAAGAUUAA